CUUAAGACGCAAGUGGGGUAUCCAGCGAUGGAAGAAGUCAAUCAGGAAGAAGAUGCACCACCGACCCUGAAAAUGAAGGCCUCCAAUGCCGCCUGGCAAGUCCUUGAGCGACUCGUUCCAACAAAUUCGACGCUCAGAGAGACCGAAAGACCUCCGCAGCUGGAUAUCGAUGAGAACGAACUCAGGAACUCCUGGCGACGAGAUAAACUGACGACGUAUAUUACAGCUCGAGUUGCGCGAGUCUAUUUCGUGCCGGGUGUGGACGCUCUCUUCGAAAUUAUCGCUGCAAAGGUGGAGGCAAUCCUGAAAGCCGAAGUCCUGAUAAACGCUGUGACUGAUCCAGCGGCGACUAGUAACCUCGAUCAAGCGUUUUUUAGCAGCCCCUUCUCAGGAGACGCCGACGUGAGAUUCUUUCGCUAUUUGAUGCGGUGCUGUAAGCUCUACAGCGAGAAUCCUGCAGCCUACACUGCCCCCUACGUGACGAUCAUGCAGAGCUCUGGCUUCGGAAAGAGUAGAAUUCUGUACGAGGUUGCGAAAAAGAUCGCUGACCCAAAUACGAACCUGCCAGAAAGUGAAUUAUUCGAUUGUCGGUUGCUUGCAGUGGCGUACGCGUGCUCUAACUGGGAGAGGGCAGAGACUGAAUGGGUCGGGCUUUUCGGUGUGGACCCUAUUAACGACUCACCUGUGUCACGUGAAAACAUUGAUGAGGCGUUGGGCACGGCUCUGGCAAUUUUCAUGACUUCAGACUCCACCAUCGACUCCCCAACUCUGCUCCACUACGUCAACUAUACGUACGAUGCGCACAUCAGUGGCUACGUGACAGAGCCCGUGCUGACAUUCGGGGCGACGCACAUGUGGGAAGAUGACGACGACACUAAGAAGAAGCUGAAAAAGGUGCCUGACGCGGAGAGGGCUGACUUUUUUAGUUGGCGGGACGGGUGGGCCAGCUGGAACGUUAGUUUCAGCCACUUCAUUGAGCUCACUACUGUCCCAACGAAGGCAACACUGUGGUUCUUGCUAGGCCGUCGUGCAGCCGGGGUAUUUCCACGCAAUCAGAAGGCUGCCGAUUUGAUCAUCCCGAUCUUCAGCUACCCUCCAACCAUGGACUCCGAUGCUAGGAUUUCCUUUAUCCUAAUUCAAGUCAAGAACAAGAGUGGCGCGGACAGAAUGUAUCCCCAAUCAGCACUCAGCAGCCUGACUCCCGUCAAUCUUUUUAAAAAAAACGAGAUUAAUCGGGACACACACGAGCUAUCCAAAUUCCCGGCACGCGAUCUGCUGGACAGCAUUGCUGACUCGGCGUGGUGGGAACCGUGGGAGAAACACACGUCCAUCGCUGGGAUAACACACACGGGGCUGGGCGACGUGGGUGCCAUAGCCGCGGCGCCAACUAAGCAACUCUGGUGCACGAAUAGAAACUCACUCAACCGAAAGAUCGCAGGCGCCAUGGGGAGAGGUCGGAAGUGGUGUGCUCAGGAGGACGAAGCUCUGGCUCGCGCGUACAAGAUUUCUGCGGAGAACCCAAUACAAGGAACGGACCAAAAAGCUGCUGCAUUCUGGGAGGAUGUGUGCCGGCACACGGCAGCAGUAUUCGACGGCGACGCCGGCACGUUGUAUCAGGAAACCCAUGGUACGAGGAGAAACUCUUCGUCACUGCCCUCCAUUGCCGAUAGAAUAGCCUCCAGACGACUGGAGUUGCAAUCGUCAAGCGAAGCUACUGAAGCCCCACCGACAAAGAAAGCUCGACUGGCCUCCGAUCAAGUUAACGUGAGAGCAUCACGUACGAGCAUCCCGACCAAGAAGAAGGCUGUUUCCAAGAAGAAGACCGCCCACAAGAGGACGAAGAAGGCAGCUCCCAAGAAGAGCGCUUCUGCUAAAAAGACAUCCGCUCCGAAGAAAUCUAAGACCUCAGCCCCACCGAUGCGCUGGACGGUCGCGCUGACAGCGCUAGCAAUCGAAACUCGCUACAAAAACCCGCGUGUGCUGAAGAAAUUUGCAGUGUCGACAGCAGACACGAAGAUGAUGCGUGCAAAGUGGGAAGCCACGGUCCACACAUUUCAGGUCAACGAAAUGGUCUCCUUCCUCGUCGUCCAUGCCAUCAGCAGCUUCAUCAAGAUCUCCACGCAGCUGUGUCAUUCCAGCGUAGCGAGAGGCACUGUAGUCUGCGAGUUGGCUCCGUGUUGA